CCCAAAACCCAGCAGUGUAGCUAGCCCCUACCUACUAGGUACGCCGCCGCCGGCGCAUGAUAACUAUCUGCGUGAGCCCCAUGGCGCCGAGACGGCAUUGUUGCCCUCGUUGCGGUCUGCAGCAGUGGCCAUGCAGUCAUGACAGCCGCCGUCUGCAGCACUUGCACCUCAAGCAAGAGUUCUGCAUCCAGAUUUGGUCAUGCUGUGGCGCCUGCGUCAUGGCACCCCUUACCCAUUGCUUGCCAGGCCCGGGUGAAAGGGCGGUGCUUCUUACAUACUACCACAUACAUGCACAUACAUACAUACGCUACACGUCAGACACUCGAAGCCCAUGGCUCUGGCAUGGUCUGGUCCCGGCCUCCUGCUUGCUUGGCCGCUCCCUGCCCCGAUCUGCACCCGCCUUCUCUUGCUUCUGACGAUGCAAGACAAAUUUACCCACCAAGCAUGGCGCGAGCCUCGGGUAGGAAGGAUGGCUACCUGGCCACUCGGGCUGAUUGUCAUGACCACCCCCCAGGCGGGCAGAAUGGUGGUCACGAUGAUAAUCAUCGUGUCACGGGUCCCGCGCCAGGGCAUUCUUCAGUCUCGGCAUCUGGAAGAAGUCUGCUCUGCUUGAUUUUCGCACUAGAAGGCAAGUCGAGCACACACGGGGGACACCCUCUGCCGGUCCCACCCCCCUCCCCUUAGCUGGCGAUCUUUAACCACAUGGUGGGAUGAACUGGUGGUGGCUUGUAAGUGGUGGGCAUGGCGUCGGCGGCAGCAGCCGGAUCCUGUGAGCGUCUAUCCGUCUUCUCCAAGUCAGGCACCGCAGCAGCGCCAUGCCAGCUGUGGUCGAGCCAGCCCGUGAGGGGCGGUGGAACCUGGAGCGCAGGCUGCUGGUUCCAAGACGCCCACUGCCGGAUGAUGAAG